AUGCUAUAUAAUUUUGAUUUUCCAUAACAACAAAGUCCUGUAUAAUAAAUUAAUUAAUCACAGUAAAAUAAUAGAACUUAGAAGAAUGUUUCAACAUAAAAAUCUCUGAGUUAAAUUUUGAAUUUUGAGCUUCAUCAAACUAAUGAUAUGAAAAAUAAAUUAUUACCUCUUUUGAAUAAUAAAUUAAAAUAGAGAAAUUCAACUAAAAUUUCUAUAUAAAGUCCAAGACUAUUAUAAUUGUAAAGUGACAACUCUUGUGAUGAAUAAAAUAAAAGAAUUAUUCGUAGAUAAUUACCUUCAAUAUAUUUGAAACAAAAUAAUAUUAUGAAAUCUAAUUGUUCAUAAGACAAAUUAAGUUUAAGUCCAUAAAAAUAAGAAAUAAAUCAAUUAAGCAAACGAAUUUUUACUGAUGAAACAGAUAUCUAUGAUUCUAAUAAAUUAAGCUUAAAAAAAUUAAAUGAAUUAUUAAAUAGUCAUUAUGUUAAAAUCCCUUAACCUACUGCUAUAUAACGUUUUCCUGAAGUUUAGGAACUUUAAGAUUUACCUAAAUAAAUGGAAUUUAUUUUCAAAAAAAAUAAUAUCAAUCCAAUAAAAAUGAAAGCAAAUGUUAAAUUUUAUAGUCCUAGAGAGAAGAAGAACACAAUUUAAUCAAUUGAUUCUUUAAUAAAAUUAUUAAAAAAAUGA